UUUGUUUUGUCCUUCAGGGCCACCGUAGUCCAGCACUGUUUUCUACAAUGCACCCUUUUUUUUAUUUUCCUUUUACAUUGAAUGAAGAGUCAUAUCACUUCCGGCCAUAACCUGUAAUCUAACUUCUGUAGUCUUGACGCAGCUUGAUCCUCCUCUUAAAUCUCAGCCCACCCAUUGGUUAACAUAUAAACCGACUUGGUUGUUUUUGGAAAAAGUAAAGUUUCUCUGUUGUUUGGAAAAGUAGGGGGGGGUAAGUUUUAACUAUCCUGUCUGUGAGUAUUAAACUGCAGAAGAUUUAAAGAAGAGCAGCAGUAACAGUAACUAGUGAGCAGAAAAGUCGUGAAAAGCUAGAUGACUUUCUUCGGGCUGAUGAUCUGAUGAGUUGUGUUCACAUUAGCUCUCUGGAUGAUAAGAUGCUAACGUCCAUAACGGUUACAGUCCAACCCUUCGAGGAGAAAUGACAGAGCCGGAGCUGGCAGCUGAAUGUGGGACUGAUGUGUUGGUCUGUUUCGGGGAGACACUGCACAUUUACACAGGACUGUUAACUCUGUCUACAGUAUGUGGAGGGCUAUCAGGAAUAUUAGCCGCUGCUCUACUAUAUGUUUUCUGCCUGAAGCCUUUGCUGUUGACCAGACAAGGUUAUAAUGCAAGGCGGCUGCUUGAACCUGAUGAUGGAGAACUGGACAACAACCAAAGUGAUUGUGUCAGCAACAGCAAAAAGGAGGCUCCAAGUGGCACCGAAAAUGACAAAGAGAAGAAGCAGCCACCCAUUAGCAGUGAUGUUGCUGCAUUUGCAUCCAGAGCAAAGGUGGUUUACCCCAUCAACCAAAAGUACAGACCACUAGCAGAUGGAGCAUCCAAUCCAUCACUACAUGAGCACUCCAAGUUGCCUGCCAUGCCUAAUGAGGAGUCCUCCUCCUCCACGGAUGGAGAGUCUCUGAGUCAAGACCAGGACAACGAUGACAGUAGUCAUUUCAUAUCGUCCUCGUUGGUCCCCAAAAGCCUGCAGAACCAGAGCUUCACCAGGAUCUCUCACUACCCUCACGCACUGACAAAACCAGGUUUUGAAGGAAGAAUCAGCCUUUACUGUUUGGCCCUGCAGGAUAUACAACAUUAUUGUUCCCAGCUUCAGGAGGAAAAAUAUCUGGUAUAUCUUCAGAUGUUGAAAUUAAUAUUCAGCCACCGUUUUCCAAAAGACAAAAACGAUGCAGAAUUCUCCAAAAACAUUCUUCAAAUGCAAGAAACGGAACUGAAUGAUUUGAUGAAACAGUUGCCAACAGGCCAUGCUCACAGUGAUAAAAAUGAUGACACUCCUUGUACUUUGGAGGAAAUAGAGAGAUCGCAGAAAGACCUUCUUGAACGUGGCCUUCAAGUGUCCAGACGUUUCAGCAAACAGCUAGAGGAAUUAUGCCAGCAGCUGCUGAAAAAAUUCAGCAUAUUCUCUCCAGAUGAAGCCCAGGAGGUGAUUCACUCUCUCAUCCAGACUCUUGUGUCAGUAGAGAACCACCUGAUGAACUCACAGGAAGCUGAGUUAAAGAGGAUCCAGCAGAAGUUGUUGUGGUGGGAGGAGCUGACAGGGCUUCUUCAGUCCCAGCCUGCCUUACUAAAGCGGGAGGUGUCGUUGAGGCAGGGCUUGAUAGCAACAACGCUAGAGCAGCUGACGAGUGAUGGUGUAUUGACCUUCAGCCAAAUGGAAAAGAUUCUCUCAGAGGUUCAUGCAUCUCUGACUGAAAGCCUCCAGCAGUGCAGCGAGGGGUGCAUGAGAAAGACAAAGGAGCUGGUGAAUGACAAGUGCAGCAGACUAGAUUCCAAGAGGAAGAAACUUUUGAGGAGCCAGACCAAGGAGAAGAGCCGUGCCCUGGAACUGAGACAGAGUCAUAGCGACAUACAGCAGCUCACCAAGGUGCAUCAGGAGCUGCUGAUGAAACACAGGCAGCAGAUCUCUGACUUGGAGCUGCAACAGGACAACAGGGUUACUGAGACACUCUGUGAACAUUGGAAGAAGCUACGUGCCACCUGGUCAAAGAGGCUUGGAGAGCAAGCAAAGGAUGUUUUUCUCACCUCUGUCGUAGCACAGUCAAAGCUCUCUGCUGAGCGCUGUGAGGAGCUGUGGUCAGAUCUUGAGAGGGAGCUGGUUGCACAGCUGCAGCAGGCAGAGUGUGCCACCAAGAUCCAACUGGAGGACAUGAGAGCUCAGCUGGAUAAAGAUGGACAGGUGUGGAGUGAGGAUAUGGCUCUGGUUCAGGCUUGUCUCAAACAUCUGAGUGAACAACAGAUGAAGAUAUUACGAGACAUGUUGGCCAGACAGAGCUACACACUCAACAGCCAAGUGGGGAUGUUGAUAGAGAAGAAACAUGAGCACCUGUUGGUGGCAGUGCAGAGGUACUUUGUGGUCAGACACUUCUGUCUGCACAUGCUGAAGGAGAUGAGGCUGUCCAAACUGAAGGCACUCUCUCAGACUGAUUUCAGAGCUGAGCUAAUGGAAGAUCUUAGUAAUAGCCAGAUGUGUGUCAAUACAACUCUCAAGAGCAGCAGUGCCAGCUUAGCAGAGAGACAUCUGGGUCCAGAGAGCCAGCUGGUUGGCCACAGCUUCCAGCAGGAGUUCCUGUCUGAAUUGGAAACAGGGACAGAGCUUCUUCAGAGCCAUGUACAGCUGGUGGUGGGCAACGCCCUCAGCCAUGCCAUCCAGCAGAAGAUGGAAACCUCACAUGCUGAGUCACAGAUUUCUCUGAAACAUGACGACGGCUUGAAGCGCCACCUGAUAGUGGCCGCCUCAGAGAGUGUGUAUGUGACCAAAGAUUCCCUCACCGCUCUCGUCCAAACCUACCAUUCCCACCUACAGGACAUUAUCAAACAGUUAACACAGGAUCAAUCAAAUGCACAUCAGGAGGUAAAUGAGACGGAAGAGAGCAGCAGUCAGCUGAAUAGAUCCCUGCUAAGAGAGAUGGUCAACUGGGGCAAGAAACCAACUUCUGCUGAGUUUCAACAGAGGGUUGAUCUCCAAAAAAGAAAAGUGUUGGAGCAGUCUGAGCUGGAACAGGAAAACAUAUAUGAGGAACUGAGGAGAAAGAAAGUGGUACAGGAUCAAACCCUGGAAAAUAUCCAAACACAGCUUCAGGAGGCAGAAGAAAGCUUUGUAACCGAGCUUGCAGCCUUGGCCCGGGUUACCCUUCACAGUCCAGAUCCAGAACCCAGCGAUGAGGAGGACAACACUGGUGCUGAGAGUGCUACUAUUAUGGAGUUACUGUCCAGGAACCCAGCUCUGGAUCCAGCCUUGAAUCCUUCACUGACUCCAACAUAUGUUGCUCCAGUGGUGAAAUCAAAACCAAAGAAAAGAGAGCGAGAAUCUCAUCACAGCUGACGUCUUAACACAGUAAUGUUUACAUGUAAAUAUAACAAUACAAUGUAUUAAGUUAACUUUGAUUUUUAUAGUUAGCACCUGCAAAAGUAGGGCUGCUGCUUAUCUGUUGUGGUGUUGCUUUAAGAAAGAAGCAUACUUCCCUUAUUUAUAUGCAUAUGGACUGUCCUGUAUUAUCUUAAAUGUUGUUAUGUGUUUUAAAGGUACUGUAUGCUUGAAUGAGGUUACUGAGAAGUGGCAAUAAAGACCUUUCCCUAUACUAUAUUUUUGUAUAUGACAUGAACAGUCAGUUGUUGAAUGUUUUAAGAUGAUAAAAAAUCAAAAUAUC